AGUUGGCUGAGUGUAGCUCAUCUCCCGCAGCGCACUCCCAGGGCUUUGUGAGGAAAGAGUCGUCACCAUCCACAUCCUCAUUUUACCUCUGUGCAAACAGGCUUCAAGCUAAGGGGCUUGCUCGAGGCCUCCCUCUUAGGAAGGGGCAGGGCCGGUCUUAGAGCCAGGCCUGCCUCUUUGCAGUACUGUGCAGCCCCAAGCCUUUGCUUGGGCACGUGCUCCUCCUGGUGAAGCCGGGGUGGGGUCGUUAGAUGCUAAUGGCCCAGCGCCCAACCCCUCUCUCAGUGGUGCGGUCUGGCUUGCCCCACUUAAUGCCGCCAGGCACAGCCCUGGUCGGGAUUUUGAGUGAAGUCUUAAGGAAAGAAAGUUUCACCACCAGUUACCCAAGGUCUGAAAAUAGGAGAUAAGACAAAGUUACCUUGAUAGAGUAUUAGGACAAAGCAAACGAGAGUAAAUGCAGUGUAGUGAGAUUUUCUUAGCCUCCUUUAGUAUGUGGUUUAAUAGAUGGGGAAACAGGUUCAGAGACAUUCACUGUCCUAGGUUUACAGAGUUUGUGGGUGGAGUGGGGAUUCCAGCCUAGGUUUCUCUGCCUUUAAAACCUAUGCGCUUUAUAUGAUACCAUUUUUUUCAGUUGAUUACCUAAAUUUCUACUUAUAUGGUGGCUGCCCGGUGGAGACCAGUCGUUCUCAGAAUGUGGGCUCCAGACCAACAACACCAGCAUCAAGUAGAAUAUGUUAGAUACCACACAUUCGGAGGCCCCACCUUAGACCUGAGUUAGAAACUGGGGGUGGAGCCCAGCAUUUUGUUUUAACAAGUCUUCCUGGUGAUUCUGAUUCACACUACCAUUUGAGAACUUCUGUUGAUUCACCUGAGGAUCAUGUUAAAGUGCACAUUCUUUCAAUAGGUCUGGGAAGAUUCUGCGUUUCCCUGGGGAUGCUGAAACUGCUGGUCCACAGACAGUACUUGUAAUAGCAAGGGUGUAAACUAUACUUUAAAGAAGUGGUUCUCAAACUUGGGUGCACAUUAGAGUUACCUGAAGAGUUUUUAAAACAGGAACCUGGACCCCACCCCUGACUAAAUGACUCAGAACCUCUGGGGUAUGAUAGCCAGGUAGUAAGUCCCUGGGUAAUUCUAAUGUACAGUGAGGGUUCAGAAUGACUGGUGUGAGGUUUGGAGUCCAGAACCCAUGGAUUUGAAUCCCAGCACCUCCACUUACCAACUAUGUAACCUGGGGCAAGUUGCAGAACCUCUCUCUCCUGGCCAUAUUUUCCUUAUUGAUAGAAUGACUGCAGCGGUGUGGAAGAAUGGCGGUGAGCCACUCAGUGAAGGAGAGGACCAUCUCCGAGAACAGCCUGAUUAUCCUGCUGCAGGGCCUCCAGGGCCAGGUAACCACUGUGGAUCUGAGGGAUGAGAGCGUGGCCCAUGGACGCAUAGACAACGUCGAUGCUUUCAUGAACAUCCGUCUGGCCAAGGUCACUUACACGGACCGCUGGGGGCAUCAAGUUGAGCUGGAUGACCUCUUUGUGACAGGCCGUAAUAUCCGUUAUGUCCACAUCCCAGAUGAUGUGAACAUCACCUCAACCAUUGAGCAGCAGCUGCAGGUCGUCAAUCGGGUACGCAACUUUGGCAGCAAGGGCCAAGGCCGGCGGGAAUUUCCCUCCAAAAAGCAUAAAUGAGCCUGUCUCCUCAGCAAGCCCCAGUCCCCACUCAGGUUCCUCCAGAGGUCUGCUGAGCCAACUGCAGGCUAUACUUCCCUGCCUGGAAACUGGGAAGGGAAGGGCCAGCCCAGCAACUGGCAUCUGUAACAGACACCACCCAUCACAGCUGCCUUUACCAGGGUUCCACCUGUCAGACUCACCUGGGGACCCAGAAUCUAUUUAUCUGUCUGUGGCCUUGGGGUAGGUGAUAAUCCCUGCUUUUGAUCAUUUACAUCUGAAUCUCUGAUUUACUGAUUUAAGGAAUCUCAAAUAGUUGAAAACUUCUCCCAGUGAAAGUUAUUAAAUGUGCUUAGCUUGA